AGCCAAAAUGAUCAGUACUCAGGAGUCAUCGUCCCUGACGAGAGAGGUAUGGUACCCGAGGUUCGAAUUAUGGUUGGUCGAACACGGCAAAAUGUACAAUGUCCCGGGGGAAAAAGAGUUGAGGUUCCAAACCUACCACGGUAACGCAAUAUACGUAGAGAAUCAUAACUCUCAGAAUCACCCCUACAAGCUCAAACUCAAUCGGUUUGCCGAUCUAUCCCAUGAUGAGUACACAGGGAGUUACAAAAGCACAGAGAUGAUCGAUCAGAGGAGGAAGGGGAAGACUGAAAGCUUUAAGAGUGAUCGAUACUCUCCGACACCCGCAGAUGUUCUACCAGAAUCAGUAGGUUGGGGAGAAAGAAGUGCUGUGGCUCGGGUUAAAGACCAAGGGACGUGCAGUUAGAUGUUAUUUUCAAAGGGGCAGAUUAAAAAAGAAAGGCCUUUUGGAUUGAUGGUGAUGAAGGGCUUCCAGCUGACCACAAGACAAGAAAGGCUGUUUGUAUCGAUGGUUAUGAAGGGCUUCCUGCCAACAAUGAACAAUCGUUGCUAAAGGCUGUUGCAAACCAGCCUGUCUCUGUUUCUAUCGAAGCUGCUAGCAGGGAUUUUCAGUUCUACUCAGGGUCAUUGUAUUGCAUCUUCACGGGCAAAUGUGGGACCGGUUUGGACCAUGAUGUAGUUGUGGUUGGCUAUGGGACCGAAGCUGGCAAGAAUUACUGGCUGGUGAGAAACUCUUGGGGUGCAGAAUGGGGGGAAAAAGGCUACGUAAAAAUUGAACGCAAUGUAACAGAGAAAACAGGCUAUGGUUGCAGUAGCUGAAGUAAUUAUGGAAAGAAGUAGACGAGAUCCGACAUGGUCAGCAAAGGAUUAUCAGUUUUUGGUUUUGUCGUUGGGUACAGGGUGUCUAGAUAUGGAAGAGAAGUAUGAUGCUACAAAAUCAUCCACUUGGGGCAUUUUAGGGUGGUGGUUGCGCAGUGGUGGCUCGUCUCCAGUGCUGAAUGUUUUCAGUAGCGGUUAUAGUUAUAUGGCUGAUUAUUUUGCCUCUGCCUUUUUGAAAGGCCUUAAUUCGGAAGUGUUGUAUUUGCAAAUUCAUGAAGUCACUUUAAGUGAUGUCAUGGCUACCAUGGAUUUGGCUACUGAUGAAUACUUGGAGAACCUAGUAGAGCAUGACCCUCACAUUACCAACGAGAUGCGUAUUGAAAGCUUCGCGACAACACUCCGUGAUAUAUAUUUGGCAAAGUCUGAGAUGGGUAAGGAAGAGCGCGAUGAAUAAGCAAGCCCGAGAUCUAAACAUGUGGAUGAAGGAAUGUAUCUGACUAUUAAUGCAUUUUUGAAGCCAAUUUCUUGCUGGUACAUUUUUACACGGGCAUGGUGUGUAUUAAUUUCUUAUUUUGUAUUGAGAUCAUAAAACUUGAUGUUACUUCUUUUAAUUUGAAGAUCGUAUGUAUUGUUAUUGUC